GCAUCAAACCUUGCUCAACUUCACACAUUACAGAGAAGAAGCAGAAGAAGAACAAGAAAACGAAGAAGAAGAAGAAAACAAGAAGAAUUAGAAUCCGACAUGGAGUGCGUAUUCGGAUUGGUCGGAAAUGGGUUCGCGAUCGUGGUGGCGGAUUCAUCGGCGGUGCACAGCAUCCUCGUUCACAAGUCCAACGAAGACAAGAUCAUGGUCCUCGAUUCCCACAAACUCAUCGCCGCUAGCGGUGAACCCGGAGACAGGGUUCAAUUCACAGAGUACAUUCAGAAGAAUGUCGCCUUGUAUCAGUUCCGUAACGGCAUCCCUCUCACCACCGCCGCCGCUGCCAAUUUCACACGUGGAGAACUUGCCACCGCUCUACGCAAGGUAUCUUCCAAACCCUAUGCUCACGAAUCAUUACAGAGAAGAAGCAGAAGAAGAACAAGAAAACGAAGAAGAAGAAGAAAACAAGAAGAAUUAGAAUCCGACAUGGAGUGCGUAUUCGGAUUGGUCGGAAAUGGGUUCGCGAUCGUGGUGGCGGAUUCAUCGGCGGUGCACAGCAUCCUCGUUCACAAGUCCAACGAAGACAAGAUCAUGGUCCUCGAUUCCCACAAACUCAUCGCCGCUAGCGGUGAACCCGGAGACAGGGUUCAAUUCACAGAGUACAUUCAGAAGAAUGUCGCCUUGUAUCAGUUCCGUAACGGCAUCCCUCUCACCACCGCCGCCGCUGCCAAUUUCACACGUGGAGAACUUGCCACCGCUCUACGCAAGAACCCCUACUCCGUGAACAUCCUUCUUGCUGGUUAUGACAAAGAGACUGGUCCUGAACUGUACUACAUUGACUACAUUGCAACCCUUCACAAGCUUGAAAAGGGGGCUUUUGGUUAUGGCUCCUAUUUUUCGCUCUCAAUGAUGGACAGACACUACCAUAGUGGAAUGUCAGUUGAAGAGGCAAUUGAUCUCGUUGAUAAGUGCAUUAUGGAGAUCAGAUCCAGGCUGGUUGUUGCGCCACCCAACUUUGUUAUUAAAAUUGUUGACAAGGAUGGUGCAAGGGAGUAUGCGUGGCGUGAAUCAGUCAAGGACACUCCUGUUCCUUCCGCUUGAGUAACCGUCCCUAAUUCUCAUCGGACUUUAUUCCAUCUGCCUAUGUUUUUAUCCUUUUUACAAUUUUUUUUACUGGUCUUGUAAUGUCUCUGAAAAUCAUGGUCUAUAGAUGAUGCACUUAAGUAAGACAGUUUAUCAUUUGAAUUAAUAUGAACGAUGAAUAGUUCUCUGCCAGAAAUGAAUUUAUUGUGAGGUAGGCUUGAUUUUUA